UUUGUUUUUGGUAACAUAUUCAAAAAUAGAACUCCUUCUCCUCCUCUGUUUCUCUGUUAUAUAUCAUUAAAAACUGAGAAUUUGAUGAUCCGAAACUGAUGACUCCCGUUCUCUGCGAAAUCUUGCUCUCGGGGCUCACGGUUAAAUCUGCUCUCUGCCGUAGAACCCAUCUCGUUCAAUCUUUCUCCGUCGUCUUCCUUUACUGGUUUUACAACGUUUCAUGAAUUGCUGAAAACUCCCAAAACUAAUCUUUAAAUUAAUUUUUUACAUCAUAUAUUCAUUAUUUUCAGACAAAUCUAAAACCAACCAAAAAAAAAAACAAACUGUCCUUUCUUUUGUUCUUGUAAUAUUCUUGUAAUAAAAUGGCGUCAUCAAGCAGCACAUACCGGAGCUCGAGCUCCUCCGACGGCGGGAAUCCAUCUGACUCCGCCGUUACCGUCGACGAGCGGAAACGCAAGAGAAUGCUAUCGAAUCGUGAAUCUGCACGUAGAUCAAGGAUGCGUAAACAGAAACACGUCGACGAUCUAACGGCUCAGAUCAAUCAGCUUUCAAGCGACAACCGUCAGAUCUUGACGAGUCUCACCGUCACCUCUGAGCUUUACAUGAAGAUCCAAGCCGAGAACUCCGUCUUGACCGCUCAGAUGGCGGAGCUAAGCACCAGACUCGAGUCGUUGAACGAGAUCGUCGAUCUCGUGACGACGACCAAUGGUGGUGGUGUCGAUCAGAUCGACGGCUGUGAGUUCGAUGAUCGAACGGCUGGGAUUAAUUGCGACGGAUAUUACGAUGAUAUGAUGAUGAGUGGCGUUAAUCAUUGGGGUGGUUCGGUUUACACUAACCAACCCAUCAUGGCCAAUGAUAUCAAUAUGUAUUGAAUUAAAAUUAAUUAUAAAAACUAGUAUUAUUGCCCCCUUUAUUAUUCUUAAGUUUAGCUUUUUGUGGUUUGGGGUUGGUGUGGAGAUGUAGCAAAGUACAUGCAUCUUGAUUGUUUGGAAGGAUAAAUAAACUUAUAUAUUGGGGCAUAUAUAUAGACUGUCCUUUGUUAUGUAUUGGUGUGCGCUUUUUGUUUAUUAAUAAUAAUAUAAAUUUUGAA